AUGGGUCGUACAAGCACCGAAGACGCACCUCGCUCUGGAAGGCCAAAAGAGGCUACGAAUGCGGAAAUCGUCAAGCAAGUGCGUCGAAUCGUUUUGAAUGAUCGAAAAGUGAAGUUGCGCGAGUUAGCUAAGGCCGUGGGUAUCUCAAAAGAACGGGCGGGAUACAUUUUGCACGAUGUUUUGGAGAUGAAAAAGCUAUCGGCUCGAUGGGUGCCGCGUUUGCUGACCGUCGACCAAAAACAGGAGCGCGUUGAUGUUUCAAUGGCCGGUUUAGCGUUGUUACGGCGUAAUCGAGCGGACUUUUUUCGAUGUUUUGUAACGAAUGAAACGUGGGUCCAUUACCAUACGCCUGAGUCCAAUAGGCAGUCUGCACAGUGGCUGGAAAGCCACGAAAGCCGAUCAAAGCGGCCAAAAGACCAAAGAUCGGCCGGGAAGAAGGGAAGAACAGUCACAGGAGAGUAUUAUGCAACGUUAUUGGACAAACUGAACGACGAAAUAAAGAAAAAACGGCCUCAUAUGGCGAUGAAAAAAGUUCUGUACCAUCAUGAUAACACACCGGCACACACAUCUUUGAAAGCGAUGAUCAAAUUGGGCCAAUUACGAUUCGAAUUGGUUGCUCACCCACCGUAUUCUCCAGACUUGGCUCCCAGCGACUAUUAUCUAUUCUCAAACCUCAAGCGGUGGCUCCAGGGAAAGAGAUUCAGAUCGAAUGAGGAAGUCAUCGCGGAAACCGAGGCGUAUUUCGAAGGCUUGGACGUUUCGUACUACAGAAAGGGCAUCAAAAUGUUGGAAACUCGCUAUGAAAAGUGUAUUGCUCUCGAAGGCAACUAUGUUGAGGAAUAA